GCAUGAAACCGUAGAAAAAUAGAAGAGAGAGAGAGUGAGAGAAUAAGCAGAAGAGAGUAAAACAGUGUUUCAGUGUGAAACCACUGAAAAACAGGGAAAGCGACAGGCAGAGAAAAAGAGGUUCCAAACCAGCCACCAUAACAGUGAAUUCACACAAUUUCAAACCAAGCAUAAGAGGGAGAGUGGGGUGUGUGUGUUUUUGUUGGGAUUUGUGAGGAAUCCAUUGAAGGAGGAAGAGUGGGAGAUUUAUGUCGUCUUGGUUUUAUUUGGAAGUAGUGAUUGGAGCUUUGUUGAAGCUCGGGUUCGGUUACGCUUGUAUUUGCUGCAUGCUACUCUGGCUGGUGUUGAAUUCUGCUGUUUCGAUGAGUUUGAGGUCAAAAAGGACAUGUUAUGGAGCUGUGGUUUGUUAUGAAGGCUUUCAGAUAAAAAAAAUCUCUUGUUUCUUCCUCCUUUUGAGAGUGGAUCUCACUUGUUAUUCUUGAAAUUUUGAGGGACUUUUUUUUUGGGGCGAGGGUUUAUUUUAAAAAUUUUGGUUUUGUUUUGUUGAACAAUUUUUCUGGGUAUUUUGAGGGGUUUUGACCCAAUUUUUCACCAUGGUGGAGCCUCUUAAUCAAUCGACUCCUAAGAUGAAAAAAAUCAAACACAAGCCGAAUUCGAUUCAUAACUCGAAAAUAACGAGGAAACUGCGCAUCAUUUGCAAUGAUCCUAAUGCUACAGACUCUUCAUCUGAUGAGGAUGAGCAUUUUAGGAAUGUAAGGAAGAUGAAGAGAACUGUGGUUGAGAUUGCUCUUCCACCUGUUUCUGUAAACCCUGUCGUUGCAGAUGAAACUAGUACUGAGAGCACAAACAAUGAUGAAUUGAACAAGAUGAAGAGGGUUUUGGGUAAAACUCCCACAGUCAAGAGGCAAUCUUGUGGGAAAUACAAAGGUGUUCGGAUGCGGAAAUGGGGCAAAUGGGCUGCGGAGAUUCGUGACCCUUUCAAGGGCGCGCGAAUCUGGUUGGGUACUUUCAGCACUGCAGAAGAGGCUUCUCAAGCCUAUAAUGCCAGAAGGCUUGAAUUUGAGGCCAUGGCCAAGGCUCUAUCUGAUGAGAAGAGCAACAAUGGCAGCAACAGCAGCAGCAACAACAAUGUUGUUGCUUCUGCUGAAACUGUGGCUGCCACAGAAAAUAACAGUUCCAACUAUUGUGUUUCUUCUGCUGCAGGUUCUGUAUCAGACUCCAAGUCUGCUUCUAUGGAUGAAUCAGAGAGUGUGUUGUCACUCACAUCACCAUCUUCUGUGCUUGAAUUGGAUACAUCUGCUUUCAAUUUGAUUGGGAGUGGUAAGGUUUCAAGCAAUGAAGUUGUUGAGACUAAAGGAUUGGAGGCUGAAGUUGCUGAGACUAAAAAUUUGGCAGCUGAAUUUGCCGAGCUGGAAAUGCUGGAAAUGCCGGAUUUGAGUAUGCUGAAUGUGCCAUCCCCAUCUGCUGUCGCUGCUACUGCUGCUGCUCCAUCUGAGUUUGAAUUGGAUUUGUUGGCAUUUGUUGAUUCCGAGUAUGGAUUUCAUGAUGAGCAUGACUUUGAUGAUGAUCUUGCUGCCCUGGAAGACUUUCACAUUUGCGGUUUCGAUGACAAUGAGCCUAGCGAGCUUCCCGAUUACGAUUUUGACGACUUUGGUGCUGAUGAGUUUGCUGGUUGGAUUGAAGAACCCCUCAAUAUACCUUGCGUAUAGAUUUUGCAGCUUCAUAGGAAUGAGUUCUAUCCAAGAGACUAGUACUACUACAACAUUACAAGUUGUGUCAUUGCUUAAAAAUGCUAUAGUUUUUUGAGAUCUCAGGAAAAAACUAGUUCCUGGGAGAGUUGUUUUGUCAGUUUUGUUUUAAUUUAUUUGUUUCUUUAGGGAUGGAAGAUCAAUGAGAGGUUAAGAGACAAUGCCUUGGUUUUUCUUGUGCUAUUAGAGCCGUCCAAGGGUUUUUCAAUUUCUAUUAUCGUGAAAGUUGAGUGUGUAGAUGUCUAUCAAACUUGAAAUCUACUAUCUUUAUCAGAAAUUCUAUGGUAUCCUUGGAAAUUUAAAGUUUUUGGUAAUGUUAUUGAAAAUGCUCUC